CUAACACACACGCACACGCUUACACUAACACACACACUGACACUGACACGCACAAACACUCCACCCCCCACCCCCUGCCCACCACUGGGAGUGGUCAGAGACACGGGGAGAGGCACACAGACUCGAGCCAGAGACGCGGAGACUCGAACAGAGACACGCAGAUACAGAGACACACACACAGAGACAGAGACUCACACACAGACAGAGACACAGACAGAAACUCACACACACACACAGAGACAGAGACACAGAGACAUAGACUCACACACAGAGACAGACACAGAGACACACACACAGACACUCACACACAGACACAGAGACAGAGACACAUAGACACAGACAGAGACAGAGACAGAGACUCACACACAGAGACAGACACAGAGACUCACACACAGAGACUCACACACAGAGACUCACACACAGACAGAGACUCACACACAGAGACUCACACAACACACAGAUACAGAGACUCACACACAGACACAGAGACUCACACACAGAGACUCACACACAGACACAGAGACAGAGACACAGAGACACAGACAGAGACACAGAGACAGAGACACAGACAGAGACACAGAGACACAGAGACAGAGACACAGAGACACGCAGACAGAGACACACACACAGACAGAGAUACAGAGAGAGAGACACACAGACACACACAGAGACUCACACACAGAAACUCACACACAGACAGAGACUCACACACAGACACACAGAGACUCACACACAGAGACUCACACACAGAGACUCACACACAGAGACUCACACACAAACAUAGACUCACACACAGAGACUCACACACAGACAGAGACUCACACACAGAGACACACACAAACAGAGACUCACACACAGAGACUCACACACAGAGACACACACAGAGACACACACAGAGACUCGCACACACACAGAGAGAGAGAGAGAGACAGAAUCACAGGCUCAGAGAGACAACAGCAGAGAGACAGGCGGAGUCGUUACCCCCAGGACGCAAUGGAUGCACAGACCACCACCCCGCUACGCGAUGAGGGCAACAUCUACCGACCGCAGAACCGCGGCGUCACCACGCUGGAGGACGUGAGCCCCACGGCGGCGCUGAACGGCGACACGGCGGGCCGCGUGGUGGACGCCCACACGCGGGAGAUCGACCUCGUGCAGAGGGACCCCCGCGACCUCAACCGCGACGUCGUCCGGGUGGAGUUCGAGGACGUGAUCGCAGAGCCGGACAGCGCCCACAGCUUCGACGGCGUGUGGAAGGCCAGCUUCACGGCCUUCACCGUCUCCAAGUACUGGAGCUACCGCAUCCUCACGGCGCUCGUCGGCGUGCCCCUGGCGCUGGCCUGGGGCGUCGUGUUCGCGCUGCUCACAUUCCUGCACAUCUGGGCCGUGGUGCCCUUCGUGAGGAGCUUCCUCAUCGAGAUCCAGGCCGUGAGCCGCGUGUACGGCGUGUGCGUGCGCGCCUUCCUCGAUCCGCUCUUCCAGGCCGUCGGCAAGGUCCUCUCGGGCAUACACGUCGUCCGCCGCAAGGAGGUCGAGUGACCACCUCCCCCCACCACCCCCCCCGACGGACCCAUGACGACCGCCCACCCGCCCUCCCGCCAUAGCGAUGCCGGAGUCGAUGGGAGGGGGACGUCCUGCUCACUCGGUCGCUCGCUCGGUCGAUUGAUUGGUUGAGCGAUUGGAUUGCUCCGAUCAACUGACUGACCCGCUCGAUGGACAACCCCGAUCGCUCGCGCACCUUCAGUCCGGGACAUCUUGCCGCAUGGCCGCCACCAUUCAUGCGACCGAGCGAGCGAGCGAGCGACCUUCGGUGGAGUUGACCGCCCCACCCGCCCGCUCGCCCGCUCGCUCGCUCCGUCAACCAACCACUCGCCCGUUCUGUCCAUUCCCUGCCCAGUUGACCCUCCGCACCCACGAAUGACGAUACUCCUUCACUCACUCACCCGCUCGCUCGCUCACUCGCUCGAUCGCUUCACCAAGCAGCUACUUAACCUCGCUCACCGCUGGCCCACUCGCUCGCUCUUACUCAGCAAAGUGUGGUACAGCGAGUGACAGCUUACUCGUCAGAGUGUUCUUUGAUUUGCUGUUUGCCCGCCCGCCUGAUCAACUGCACCGCUUGUGCGGGUUGACAGAAUCACCCGUGCGGUCGACCGCUCGUUUGAAUGCUCGCUCGAUUGAUUGACGAGUCGACCGACCACUCACUCAGUCAACCACCGGCUCAGUUGCUCGACUCAACCAUUCAACCGCUCAAUUGAUCAUGCAUUCAGUGAAACGCUCGACAAUUUCAGCCGCUCGCUCAGUCAACCACUCGCUCAGCCACUCGAUCAACCACUCACUCAACGGCUCGUCCAUUCAACCACUCGCUCAGCCACUCACUCAGCCACUCACUCAAUGGUGCGUUCAUUCAACCACUCGCUCAGCCACUCAAUCAAACCACUUAACAGAUAAUUUACUCAACCACGCGCUCAGCUAAUCAAUCAACCACUCACUCAACGACUCGUUCAUUCAACCACUCGCUCAGCCACUCAAUCAACCACUCACUCAACGGCUAAUUUACUCCACCACUCUCUCAGCCACUCAAUUAACCACUCACUCAACGGCUCGUCCAUUCAACCACUCGCUCAGCCACUCAAUCAACCACUCACUCAACAGCUCAUCUAUUCAACCACUCGCUCAGCCACUCAAUCAACCACUCACUCAACGGCUCAUCUAUUCAACCACUCGCUCAGCCACUCAAUGAACCCCCACACUUAACAGCUCAACUCAAUCACCAUACUCAAGCAACCGACUGCUCACUUAACCAAUCGUUCCAACUACCGCUCACUCACCCAACCCACUCGCCCGACUGCUCAACGCUCAACUACGCAGCCAGCUUCACGGCUGGGGAGGAGGGGGGGGUCUUGGUUUGCUUUGGGAGCGACGUCGUUUGGGACCUGACGUGAUGUAGCCCAGCGCUUAGUUAACGCGUGCACAGAUAAUCACGCGAGGCCUUUGGGAAACGCAUCGAGAUAUUCGCCACGUGGAGUCAAUUGAGUGUCAUUACAGAGUAAACGCAACGCCGUCUUGACUAAAGUGAGCUUGAAAGACGCACAACUGUAUACCAACGCAAUGUCGUGUGUUAGCCAUGCAGCUGCCCUGCUCACUCCUCGAUGUCAGCGUUGUGGACGACUCUGAACCUAAAAAAAAAUCCGCUGAUGGAAAUUCCACAUUCCUAGGCCGAGGGCCAGUACAUCCACAUAGCAAAAACAAAUAUAUGUAACGUUUUACUUCACUCACAAGUGGUGCUAGCACAACACUCGAAUCCACAGAGGGACGAUGUCGAUGCCGACGAUGACGCUCGUGAUGGUGGUGAUAAUGGUUUCGGGUUACAAAAAAAUAAGUAAUAUUAAAAAAAAAAAUUUUUAAAAGACACGCUUUAAUGAAAUGUACUAGUAAUGGAAGAACUCCACGACUCCAGAAGUGGCCCCGAAGCUUGCCACAACGUAAGGGCUCCGUGGCCAAUUACAGCCAACGUUAGUUGACCAUGGACAAUUCGAGCCAAGCCGAAACAUAACAUAUAAAAAAUAAUGUUUAAAAAUAUAUAUAUAUUUUAUGAUAGAAUAUAGUAUUGUCAUCGGUAUACCAAGUUUGCAGUCGAUACCACAUUGGGAAGUGGGUUAAAAUUGAGUUCCAAGAUUUGAGGAUACGACAACAACAACCGAGUGAGUGAAUAGAAAGCGUGUAGUAGUAAUACUAAUGAUGGUGAUGUCAAAGACGAGGAUUAGGGGGCCCCCAGGGUCGAGGGUUAGGGGGCCCGUGGG